GAAUUAUGUGUUUGGGCUAUCAUCAAACUUGUUUCAAGAUGUGUACAGCUCAAGUGCGAAAAAAGAAGAUGAAUUUAUCCGAUGAACUGAUUGACGUAGAGAUUCUUCAGUUGGUAGCUCACUUUUUGAAGGCGUCUCGGCUGCCCAAAACGCUAAAACGUCUAGCCAGAGAAGCAAACUUUGAGCCCCUGCUGUCAGACGUCCCCCCGAUCACGCUCUCGGCUCUGUACGAGUUCUACAAGUGCUGCUUGAGCGACUGCUCGAAGGAGGCCUGUGCGGCAAAGAAUCCAGACAGGUUUUGUGUCGUAAACCCUGACUCAGACAAGCCGCCCAGCUCGUGUCCAAAGGACAGCGCCUCUUGCUCGGGAUGCGCCGAAGAAACACACAGCAAAUUCGGCGACGAUAGGGUUUCCGUUGACGACUCCCCUUUGGCGCUCAAGAACGCGAACAACACAGAUCCAUCUUCCGUAAGUCUCUCGGAAAAAAGCGCAAUGAGCGCUUCCGAUAUCGACAAAGCAUCCGCCUAUCCAGACGUCGCCGCAGAUAAGAAAAGGCGCCACAAGUCGAAAGACAGGCACAAACACAAAACUCCAAAAACGGCUAGAUCCAUCAGUACAUCAGCGAAUGAAGACGACACAAAACUUGUACCGAGUUCGACCUCGAAGAGCGAUUUCGAGUCGGACAGGCAUUCGAUACUGCCGUCCGUUGAUUCUUUGGCGAGCGAGCCGGCGCCUUCGGAUUUUGCUCCAAGCGUUUCAAAUGCUGCUUGCGCGGGCGGUCAGACGACAUCCUGCGACGACGCCCUGCUGAGCUCCGCUGCGCAGCCGAAUUCGACCAAACUGGACGACAUGAAAUUCCCGGACAAGUCCGUGAGGAAGCCGCCCAGAGAAAGCUCCUUCAACAACGAAUUUACCAAGUUUUGUUCCCUGGUAAAAAAGAGAAAGCAAUGCAGUCCGGACCGCUCAAAAAACGUGUCGAACAAUUACAUAGAUGAGUCGGUCGACUACGAAAAAGAUACGCGGCUCAGAAACGCAAACCGGUACCGGGCGACGAACGAAGAGGCGUAUGGACUGAAGGCCUCGAUGGCCAUGUCGAACAUAACUGGGGCCAACUUCAAGAAGGAAAAGACAAAAAAGAAAAAAGGGUCGUACAGGGGCGGGAAGAUAAGUCUAUGUGUAAACUCAAUUUUACUAAACGAUGACGGAAAUCCCGAAUAAAAUUGACAACAAGGUAUAUCUACACCCGAGCAGAGCGCGAGUCGGGAGGGAAGGGGGAAAAAAAAGUCGGGGUCCGUCGAUAGAACAGAAAAA